CAGAGAGGUUGUGAAACGGGGCGCACUACUGCCGUAGACUAUGAGCUCUUGCCUCGCGCUCGGUCGAUGUGGUAGUCUGUUAUCUCGACGCUAAUGGGAAUCUUGCAUAGUAGCAGCUUAUAAACUUUUCUUCCGUGUAUGAGGAUGAUAUUGUAGGGAAAAUAUAUAGCAACAGCUCAUCAUGAAUUGUUGAUUGCAAAGACAAAACAUGAUUGAUAGAUCUAACAACUCUGAAAAUAUCCGCUACCUUUCGCUUCAGUAGCUAACUUUUAAGCAUUCGAUAUGUCAAAUAUAACUUAUAUUGCGAUACUCCUGGGAGUCUUGUUUGGGUCGCCCGAGGCAGCUGGGAAAUGCAAGGCCAAGAAGGGGGAGCUCGACCAGUGCCUGGCGGUCGUGGCACCACUCAUGCCCAAGGUCGGUCUGCCACACACGAGGCCCCAGCUCAACAACAUGUGCAGGGCCUUCAAGGGAGGAAUGGCCUGCGUGGACCGCUACACCUCCAGCUGCCUCUCGACGGAGGAGCGCACCGAGCUGGAGCAGCAUCUCAAGGGCGCCAGGUCCUUCCUCGCCUUCCUCUGCGACGACCCCGUCUUCCAGCGAGACUACCUCUCCCACGGGUCAUGUCUCAGAGACGUGAGCGAUGAUUGGGAGAAAUGUCAUUACCACUUCAAGCACUUGGUCAGCCUUCAGCACCGCAUACCCAACAUCACGGAAGCCACGAGGGACCACAACAUAUGCUGCAUCCGCGAGGGCUUCCUGUCCUGCGUCUACGGCGUGAGUUACUUCCGCUGCGAGAAGCACCAGGCGAUGUUCCUGAAGAAGGUGACGGCGACCCUCUCCUACAACGACGUGCAGGAGGAGAAGUGCCGCAACGUGAGCCUGAGGAUGUGCUCGGGGGCGUCCGGCACUCGUGGCACUGAGGCACUCGUGGCAGCCCUUGGAACCCUGGCCCUCCUGUGGUGGCGGCGUCCUCCCGUGUCGUAAAAUUGUAACGCUGACAGAUUCUGUUUAUUUAUUCACUUGUCUUUUAUUUUUUAACAGUUCUUUCCAAUUUUUUUUCUUUUCUUUUUCUUAUUUUUCAUUAUCAUUCUUAUUUUUUUCUCUCUUCUUUUUUCUUUUUUUUCUUUUUCCCCCUUUCGUUCUUGGAAUACUAUUGUCAGUUAACCUGUAAUUACAAAAUUUAUUCAUCCGUGAAGUCCAUUUACAUUUUUAGAAUAUUUUCAUACGGUCUGGUGUAAUAGUAUCGGUUCGAAUGCAAGGAGAAGUUACAAAACCGAAAAAAGCCUUUAUAAAAGCUUAUUCUAUUUUUAUAUCAUGAAGGAAACUCAAAAAAAUCAUAACGCUGUAAGCGAAGUGAAAUUGUGAUGACUAAAAGCAGGAGGGAACUUGAAGAAACGUCAGAUGAAAGGAAAAUUAUCAAUGACAAUAAAGUGAGAUAGAUUUUAUGUGGCUGAAAGGAUGAACUUUGACCUCAUUGACCUGAUGUAUGAGACUAUGGGAGGAGAGGUCCGAUCCUGCCACUCGAAAAGAAGACUGAUUUGUGAGUGUAUUAUCGAAGUUUUGAAGGAACCAAGUGUAUUGAAGUGUUUCGCGAUCUGCUAUAUUGUACAUGAUUUACGUUCAGCUGAACAUCAACGGUACCUGCAUUAUUUUUAUUUUUAUCUCUGUUUCUCUCUCUCCCUCCCUCUCUCUCUCUCUCUCUCUCUCUCUCUCUCUCUCUCUCUCUCUCUCUCUCUCUCUCUCUCUCUCUCUCUCUCUCUCUCGUUCUCUGUCUAUCUAUCUUUCCUACAGCAUUUCCCCUUCCUCUCUUGUUUUGUCUUGAACUGAUUUUGAUACGAACGAAUUAUAAUCAUGUCAAAGAAGUUGACUUGCUAGAUUACUGCACUGAAUGUUUCGAUAAUUUCUAAGUGAAAAUCUAUACUAAGUUGCUCUCUGUGUGCUCACGUAAUGAUGGUGUCUAAGUGUGCCUGCCUAGUAUGUUUACCGUCCUUUAUAAAAACAAGGGACAAACAACUGUAAAUAUUGUUGUUUAUGGUGUACUUAGACAAGGCCGUGAUGUAUGUAAAAAGAAAAUAUAAUAAUUCAACGUAUAUGUUUGUUCUGUACACUCUAUGGCUUAGAUUUGUGCUCUCUUUACACACUUUAACUGGAGCAGAAGUAUUUCUUAGGCAGUGAGGAAAAAUAAAUAAACGUUAAUAGGAAGUUUUA